UGUAAUCUGGUGCGCAUGCGUCGUCCUCUAACAAGGAAGCAGGCAAGCUUGACGGAUUAUGUGGACACUCAGUGGGCGAAAGCUGCCGCUUUCCAACAAUUCAUUUUGGGUUUAUGUGCUCGGAGAUAGGGGAGGUCUUUGUAGAAUGGAAAGCUGAAAUCUUUUAGAGGAAUAUCUGUAGUUUAUCUAAAUCAAACGUGACCGACAAUGAUGUCAGAAUGCGACCCGAGGGAGACAGAGACCAUCGAGCCGGCGCUAACGUUAGACAGCGGAGCAACAGCGGUGUCUGCGUCGGAGUCCAACUUUCACCCGCCAGACCCCCCGACUGUGUUGUUUGACAGGAACCGGAUAGGUCUGGGGCUUGGGGCGAGCCCCGGGGCCGCCGUACGUAUUUCGGACUCUUGUGAGAGCGUCCUGACCGAGCUGGAGACGGACGGCUCCGGGGAAGAGGCGCUGCUCCUCCCGUGCCUAGCAGGAAGCUCGUCGUCCCCGCGCGGCGCGAGAGAGAAGCGGAGCAGGCGGAACAGACACAGCUCCUCGUCGGACAAAGACACCUUGGCCUCGCCAGGUACCAGCAGUGGGGACUUCAACCAUUUCCCUGAUGACCCUGAGUUUGCAGACAUUAUCCAAAGGGCAGAACAAGCUAUCGAGAAUGGCGUCUUCCCAGAGAGGAUUUCCCAAGGCUCCAGUGGGAGUUACUUUGUCAAAGAUCCUAAAGGGAAAAUCAUUGGCGUUUUCAAACCAAAGUCAGAGGAACCUUACGGUCACCUGAACCCCAAAUGGACCAAAUACUUUCACAAGCUGUGCUGUCCGUGUUGUUUUGGCCGAGGCUGCUUGCUGCCUAACCAGGGUUACCUCUCAGAGGCUGCUGCCUCGCUGGUUGAUACCAAGCUGGGCCUGGGAGUGGUGCCGAAAACCAAGGUGGUGUAUCUGGCCAGUGAGACGUUCCACUACAGCGCCAUCGACAGAGCCAAGUCCAGGGGGAAGAAGUACGCUUUAGAAAAGGUCCCCAAGGUGGGGCGACGCUUCCACAGAGUGGGCCUGCCACCCAAGGUGGGUUCAUUUCAGCUGUUUGUGGAGGGAUACCAUGAAGCAGACUAUUGGCUGAGACGCUUUGAGGCAGAACCUCUACCAGAGAACAUCAGGAAACAGCUGCAGUCACAGUUUGAGAGGCUGGUGGUGUUGGACUAUGUUAUCAGAAACACAGACCGAGGAAAUGAUAACUGGUUGAUUAAGUAUGAGAAGCCAGGAGAAGGAGAGGGAGAAAAGGAAACAGAGUGGCCAGAGAACAGUCCCAACUCCUGCAUGAAGAUUGCAGCCAUCGACAACGGCCUGGCAUUCCCUUUCAAACACCCUGAUGAAUGGAGAGCCUACCCCUUUCACUGGGCGUGGCUUCCACAAGCGAAGGUGGCCUUUUCCCAGGAGACCAGGGACCUGGUGUUGUCCCGCCUCUCGGAUAUGAACUUUGUCCAGGACCUUUGUGAGGACCUCUACGAGAUGUUCAAGACGGAUAAAGGCUUUGACAAAACCAUGUUUGAGAGACAGAUGUCUGUUAUGAGGGGGCAGGUGUUGAACCUGAGCCAGGCACUGAAAGAUGGGAAGAGUCCUAUCCAGCUGGUGCAGAUGCCACGGGUGGUGGUGGAGCGCAGCCGUUCGGGUGGCCAGGGCCGCGUGGUCACACUAGGCAAUGCCUUUACGCAAACCUUCCACUGCAAGCGCCCCUUCUUCUCCUCCUGGUAGACAGAGACAGGCUGAAAAAGGAGUGGAAAAGAGCAGAAAUCUUUUCACUCAACACUUCUUCUGCAACAGCUCCUUCUUGUCCUCCAGUGAGGAAGCAAGCAGGAAAGAAAAUAAAGGGAAGAUGAGAGUAUCACACUGGAAACUGUUCGUAUUUCCACUCAGUGGGGGGAGGGGCUCAGUCAUGGAUGAUGGAGAAGAAGACAGCGUGGUGGGAGAAUGAAGGUUUUGUGAAUAUAAUGGGCUUAAGGUCUUUCGUCUUUCUGUGAAGAGCAGAGCGAGUAGAGUAGAUAAUGGAAAGAGGGCACUGGAGAGAUUGUCAGACCAAUGUCUCCUAGAGACCUUGGGGUUGUGUGUGUGGUUACCAUGGUGACUUGAUUGGGAAAGUGUCUUUUUCACAGUCGUGGGCUUUGUUUAUUGUUGGUGGCAGAGAGUUCUUUUUUUGCUUUUUUUUUUUUUUUUUUCUUGAACCCACCCAAAGCAGCACCUAAAGCCUCUUGUGAGGGCUCUUGAUGAGGCCAGCAGCCAAAGAACAGGCACUUGUAUACCAUCGAUAUUAACAUUUCUGAGCUCUGAAAGUAUUUGAGAUUGUUUGAGAAGCUUUAAGGUCUCACAGAUCUCCUUGAAACAGAAAGUUUGUCUGGGCAAUGUCACUUCUGAUCUGGAACUAAGUCCUUAAAUAUUUGUUUUUCUUUGUCAGGAUUGCUCACUGAAACAGGUGCACACUUCCACUGCUAGAAGUAUUUUACUAGUUUCCAACAUCUGGCAAGCUACGACAACUGAUUUGAAAGGAUUCAAAAUUGCUCUUUGAUCCAGUGUUGCUUUUUAAAACCACAUCUGUCUAUCAAACACAAACCCAGUGUCUUCAACUCUCACUACUGCCAAACUCUUUUCAACGAAAGAAUAUUGAAAGCCUUCAAGAAGUGAAUUUUUUCAAAACUUGAACACAAAAUGGGGAAAAAAGGAAGGACAACAGAGAUCUCAUGUUGCUUGAAUGUAACCUGUUUACGGUUUCUACACAGAUUCUUGCUCCUUAACAUUUCAAUAUGAGGGAAUGCUGUCAAACAUUCUCGUAAUAAUGAAUGUAUUUGUUGUUUGACAUGUAUUUAAUUGCUGGCAAUCAGUUUGUUCUUGAACCUUGUGGCAUGGGGAAAGCCAACUCGUCCUUCGCCUUCACAACACAGUAUACGAAGAAAAAAAAGAUCGAGGACAAUAUAGCAUACUUGCUUAAUGCUGUUUGGUUUUAUGUAUGCAUCUUGAACUUUUUAUUCCAACUCAGUGAUUGUAUGAAAAAAGUUGUAUAUUAAACAGUUGAAAAAUAAACUUUGAGAAAUAUUAA